AUGGAUGAUAGUUGUGAUGGUUACAAUCUCACUUUGUCUUUACCCAAUGAUUUGGAUGAUGAGGAUAACAAUAAUAAUAAAAAUGUUCUUACUGGUCGAAGAAUUAUUAAUGUUGAAUACUUUUUGAAUAGUUUACAAUCAAUUAAACAUGAAUUAUUCGAUUGUAGUAUUCAAAAUCUUGUCUUCAAAUCAGAAAUACAAAAAGGCUUUUUUUCUGAAUUUCAUUUUGAAUGCAACUUAUGCAGAAAAAAAGAAGUAAUAUUUUCCGAACCUCCAGACAUAAUAACAUCUUUGUCUAUUAACGCUGCAAUUGUUACUGCAACAGUAAAUACUGGUCAAGGAUUUACAAACUUAGAACAAUUUUCAUCCAUAUUAGAUAUGCCAUGUAUGAGCAAUAAGACUUAUCAAAAAUUCCAUCAGGUUUUAUCCAAACAAACUGAAAAUACAGCAUGGGAAUCUAUAGAGCUGGCUGGUAAGGAAGAAGCAAGACUUGCUGUUGAAAACGGUGACAUAAAUAUUGAUGGUAUUCCUAUGAUCACUGUUGUGGCAGAUGGUGCCUGGUCGAAACGAUCUUAUAAACGUAAUUACAACGCAUCAUCUGGUGUUGCAUGUAUUGUAGGUUACCGAACAAAAAAAGUAUUGUUUAUUGAAGUUCGCAAUAAAUAUUGCAGUAUUUGUCGAAAAGCUUGUGCAAAUAAUAGAGACCCACCUGUACAUUUAUGUUACAAAAAUUGGAAUGGUACUAGUACAGCGAUGGAAGCUGAUAUAAUAGUUGAGGGUUUUCGACAGAGUAUUUCAAUGCACAAUAUAAUUUACCACAAACUUAUUGGGGAUGGAGAUUCUAGUGUCCUGAAAAAAAUAAUGUUAGCAAAACCCUAUGGUAAUAACUUAGAUGUAAAAAAGAUUGAAUGUGCCAACCACAUACUCCGAAAUUAUUUAAAUAGACUAGUAGAUAUAGCGACUAAACGGAAAAGCUCAAGCGGUAGUGUUGUACCAGUAUUACUAAGAACCAACUUAAAAGAAAAAGAUUAAAACUAAGGUCUGCUGUAACAAAUGCUAUUAAACAUCGUAUGAAAAUAGAUUGUCCUAUAAAUGAUAAAGUUGCACUUUUAAAAGAAGACAUAGAUAAUGGGCCAUAUCAUGUUUUUGGUUGUCAUGAUAAAUG